AAUCAGUUCGUUGCUUGCGCCAGUCGAGAGCGCAUCGAAGGCAUCGGUCUCCACUCCAAUAUAUAUUUCAUUUCAUUCCAAACUCGAUCCGAAAAAGCAGAACAAGAACACAAUAAAAUAAGGUGACGCAGGCGGAGAAACGGAGACGCUAACGUAAACGUAAACGUAAAAGUUGUCGGAGACGGAGUGAAGUGCAUUGAGAGCGGGCGAAUAAAACAGCGAACUCAAUUGAAAAAGCGACGCGUGAAUAUUUAGUGUUGGCUCGACUAAGCUUUAAGAUCUAGUCAACAAUCUGAUCUCCGCUGAAACUGACGCGGUUCGAGCAAAUCUCCAAUCCGUUGAGCCGGUCUCAUUGGUGCAUAAAACUCAACACAAAAAACGAAAACAAAAACAAAAGCAAAAGACAGCGAAACAUAUAAAUAAAUAAAUACAUUUACGAAGGUGAUUGUUGACACACUUGAAACAUUUGAAGCAUAGAACCAGUUUUGAUAUUGUCGAAAUAACUUUUAGUGCCUGCCUUCAUCAUGGCUAAAAUGCCAGAGACUACUUUUGCCGACCUGAGCUUGGCUGAUAAGACUUCUGUGAAGAAAUCAAACUUAGAGGCGCGCCGAUUCUCUGACGUUUCCACUUGUUCGUUUAGUUCGGCUUGUUUCACAGGCAGUUCCGAUGAGGACGAGGCUUCACCCAAAGAUAUCACACAGCGAAACUCCAAUGGCAGCUCCGAUUUUUGUGUCAAGAAUAUUGGAAAGGCGGGAUUUGGUCGUCGAGAAAUCGAAAUCGCCGAACAGGAGAUGCCGGGUAUUAUGACGUUGCGUAAACGUGCCAUGGAGGAUAAACCGCUCAAGAAUGCCAAUAUCGUGGGCUGCACCCACGUCAAUGCUCAGACGGCGGUGCUCAUUGAGACACUGCAGAAACUUGGCGCAUCUGUGCGUUGGGCGGCAUGCAACAUCUACUCGACGCAGAACGCUGUGGCCGCCGCACUUGCCGAGGCCGGAGUUCCGAUCUAUGCGUGGCGUGGCGAGACUGAGGAAGAAUUCUGGUGGUGCCUCGACAAGUGCAUACACUCCGAGGGCUGGCAGCCAAACAUGAUCUUGGAUGAUGGCGGAGAUGCCACACAUUUGAUGCUGAAAAAGUAUCCAGACUACUUCAAGUCCAUCAAGGGCAUUGUCGAGGAGAGUUUAACAGGAGUACACAGGCUGUAUCAGAUGUCCAAGGCGGGCAAACUCACCGUCCCGGCUAUAAAUGUGAAUGACUCGGUGACCAAAAAUAAAUUUGACACCUAUUACACUUGUCGCGAUUCCAUUCUAGACAGCUUGAAGCGCACAACCGAUAUUAUGUUUGGAGGCAAGCAGGUGGUCGUCUGCGGAUAUGGAGAUGUUGGCAAGGGCUGUGCCCAGGCUCUGCGAGGACAGGGCUGCAUUGUAUACAUCACCGAGGUGGAUCCUAUCUGUGCUCUGCAGGCGGCCAUGGACGGUUAUCGAGUGGUGCGAUUGCCUGAAGUGAUACGAAAUGUCGAUGUUGUGGUCACCGCCACGGGCAACAAGAAUGUUGUCACUCGUGAUCACAUGAAUCGCAUGAAGAAUGGCUGCAUUGUGUGCAACAUGGGACAUUCCUGCUCCGAGAUUGAUGUGAGCAGUUUGCAUACGCCCGAGUUGAUUUGGGAGCGAGUGCGAUCACAGGUUGAUCACAUCAUUUGGCCCGACGGCAAGAUGAUCAUUCUGCUGGCAGAGGGACGAUUGGUGAAUCUCUCCUGCUCGACCAUCUCAUCGUUUGUUGUCUCUGUUGCCUCGUCCACUCAGGCAUUGGCUCUCAUCGAACUGUACUCAGCGCCGGGUCGCUACAAGUCGGAUGUUUACCUGCUGCCAAAGAAGAUGGAUGAAUAUGUUGCCAGUCUUCAUCUGGCCACGUUUGAUGCCCAUCUCACAGAACUAACCGAUGCCCAGGCCAAGUUCCUGGGCUUAAGCAAGGCUGGGCCUUUCAAAGCUAACUAUUACAGAUAUUAAACGGUAUUGGAGUAAUCGAACAUCAAUUGGUGUGAAAUUAAAAUAUUUAUGUUUAUUACAUACACCUUUAUUAUUAUGUCAUUUAUUUAUACAUGUUGUAUUACCUUUUUAUUGUGUUGCUUUUAAUAAAUAUUUGAAAAUAAA